GGGCCAUGGGGGAUCUGGACCGCGAGCGCCAGAAGCUGGAGGCGCAGGAGAAGAAGAUCAUCGUCGACAUCAAGAAGAUGGCCAAGCAGGGGCAGAUGGACGCAGUGAAGAUCAUGGCGAAGGACCUGGUGCGGACGCGGCGCUACGUGAAGAAGUUCAUCACCAUGCGGGCCAACAUCCAGGCCGUGUCCCUCAAGAUCCAGACCCUCAAGUCCAACAACUCCAUGGCCCAGGCCAUGAAAGGCGUCACGAAGGCUAUGGCCACCAUGAACCGGCAGCUGAAGCUGCCACAGAUUCAGAAAAUUAUGAUGGAGUUUGAGAAGCAGGCAGAGAUCAUGGACAUGAAGGAGGAACUGAUGAAUGAUGCCAUCGAUGACGCCAUGGGAGAUGAGGAUGAUGAGGAGGAAAGUGACGCAGUGGUGUCGCAAGUGCUGGACGAGCUGGGGCUGACCCUCACCGAUGAGCUGGCCAGUGAGUGGGACUGUUGGGUUAUGGGGGGCCUGGGGGACACCUUGGGGGUAUAUGGGAGAUCUGAGGGGGUGACCAGGCGGGAG